ACGUAGAUUUGUUUCUUGCAGUUGUUGGCAGGCAGUGACACGUUAGAGUCAUGGGUGAUAGCGACGAUGAGUACGACCGGAGGCGCAGGGAUAAAUUCCGGCGGGAACGGAGUGACUACGACCGCUCCCGAGAGCGAGACGACCGGCGACGCGAUGACUGGAACGACAGGGACGAACACGUUGCAGAUCCGUAUCACGCUGGCUAUGAGAUGCCUUAUGGCGGAGGGGGCGGUCCCAGCUAUGGCCCCCCCCAGCCCUGGGGACCACCCGAUCUUCACAUGAUGCAGCAACACCACGGCAUACCCAUCCAGGCCAGGCUGGGCAAUCUGCAUGACCUGGAGGUGGGCCCUCCACCCCCAGUGAUGAAGACCUUCAAGGAGUUCCUGCUGUCCCUGGAUGAUUCCGUGGAUGAGACGGAGUCAGUGAAACGCUACAACGAAUACAAGAUUGAGUUUCGGCGCCAGCAGAUGCAGGACUUCUUCCUGGCUCACAAAGACGAGGAAUGGUUCCGUUCAAAGUAUCACCCAGAUGAAGCUGGGAAACGGAAGCAAGAGGCUGACUAUGGCCUACGCACACGCCUCAGUGUGUACUGUUACCUGAUGGAACACAGCUGGUUUGAGGGCCUUUCACUCGACAUCGAUAAAGCCAAUAUCAUCAUGAAGGCUUUAGAUGCUGCUGUCAUAAAGAUGGAAGGUGGGACAGAAAAUGACGUGAAAAUUCUGGAGCUGGAGGAUGAAGAGGAAAAGGCAGAAAAAUUGGAACCUGGAAAGAAGGAAGAAGGGCGGCUCGUGGAUAAUGACAAGAAGAUGGUCGAGAAGGAAGAUGACAGCAAAAAGGCAGAAAAUACUCAGCCAGCCGAGGAAGAGAAGAAGGACAAAGAAGACAGUAAAUCGAAAGAGUCGCCAGGAGAAGAGGAGGAAGAGAAGGGAGAAGAAGGGGAUGAUAAGGAUGACAUUGAUCAGCCUCAGCCAGCCAAAGAAAGCCCAGUCCCUGUGAAAGCUGUGAAGAAGCGAAAGAGGAAACGCAGCGGCGAUGACAGUUAUGACGAGGACGAUGCCACGGCCUCUGACUCGGAAUCGGAAUGUGAAGUGGCCCUGACAGCUGGGGAAAGGACUGAGGAAGACGGUUCAGGCAAGCUGAAAGGAGAGGGUGAGAAGAACCAGAAAGAAGAGGAGCCAAAGCCAGAGAACAAGGAAGAGGAGAAACAGAAGGAAAAACCCAAGGAGGAAAAGAAAGAGAUUGAGAUCACCCCGAAACCUCGGCCGCUUCACAAAACCUGCUCACUCUUCAUGAGGAGCAUAGCUCCAAAUAUCUCUAAGGCUGAAAUCAUAUCGCUCUGUAAAAGAUUUCCUGGCUUCAUGAGAGUCGCAUUAUCUGACCCACAGCCAGAGCGCAGAUUUUAUCGGAGAGCUUGGGUUACCUUCGAUCGCAGUGUCAACAUCAAAGAAAUUUGUUGGAAUCUCCAGAACAUCCGACUACGAGACUGUGAGCUGAGCCCGGUGGUGAAUCGGGACCUGGCCCGACGUGUCCGCAGCAUUAAUGGUAUCACGCAGCACAAGCAAAUAGUCCGCAACGACAUCAAACUCGCGGCUAAACUCAUCCACUCGCUGGAUGACCGCUCGCAACUGUGGUCCUCUGAGACGGUCACUGAGGAAGGCCGAGUUGAGAACCUGUCCUCUCAGAACCCCAUCUUAAAGAACAUCACUGAUUACUUGAUUGAGGAGGUGAGCGCUGAGGAAGAGGAGCUGAUGGGCAAUGCCACGGAUGCACCGGACGACGGACCGAAGGAGGGGAACCCAGAGGUCAACAUCGAGAGGGAUGAGAAGCUCAUAAAGGUUCUGGACAAACUGCUGCUUUACCUUCGCAUUGUGCAUUCCAUCGACUACUACAACACCUGUGAAUACCCCAAUGAGGACGAGAUGCCGAACCGCUGUGGGAUCGUGCACGUCCGUGGACCUCUCCCUCCCAACCGCGUCUCGCAGCAUGAAGGUGAAAGCAAAUUUCUGAGCGAUCUGCUGGGCAUUGGGAGGGCCUGUUGUAUUUGUCUUGCAGGUUUGAACCCAGCUAUGGGUUAUCCUCACCAUUCUCCCCAAGGUUUGAUUGGGUUUGGUCAGCCCCGUCCCCCUGUGAUGGGAUUUGCAGCCGGACCUGCCUACCCACCACCUCAAUAUGGUGGUCGUGGAGCCUAUGAUGCAUAUCGAGGGCAGGGAGGCUACCCAGGGAAGCCCAGGAACAGGAUGCUGAGAGGAGAUCCCAGAAACAUUGUAGAAUACAGAGACCUGGAUGCUCCAGAGGAUGUGGACUUUUUUUAAGUGCUCCUGAUAAAGCUAUCCAUUGACCAGACCAUUUGUUAUUUUGUUCUUUUGUUAAGUUAAAGAAUUUUUCGUAAGGUUGUCGGUAUUUUAUCCAGGCAGACGGUAUGUUGUAAUGUAGAGUUUUCUGUUUUCCCCAGAAACAGUGAUGUAAUGUGUUCUUCUGAAGCGUCUGAAAUAAAAGAAAGUAUUGCA